CAUGUCGCCGCCACACUUCCAGCCACGAGACUCUCCUCUCGUCACGGGCCGCGGGGAGGUUGGCGCUCUCUAAGGCGCCACGUCAACAUGCUGGCUGGUCUGCCAAUGGCAACGCGAAUGCAGCACAGACGGGACCCGGGCGGUGAGUGGUGAAGGGGCGCGACGCACUGCACUCCAUCGCUGCCACAUCGAUCCGUCCCUCGGCCUGGCGUGUUCGGGCUCAAGACAGCACUUGCAAGGCCUCCACACAUUGGUUACCCUCUGCUCCGUUAUAUCAUGGGCCUGCAGAGCUCGUUCGGCGACAAGAUGAAGAAGAAGCUGCUGAGAAAGACGUUCGAGAAGGCUAUCGACUUCGCCGCCAGGGCAAGCCCGGUCGUCAAGACCAUUCAGGCCGCCCAUGGCCUCACCCAGGUGGGGGGCCUCAUGAACCAGACCUCCGACUUCCUCCCCAAGGCCGCAAAGGCUGCCCAGGCCGCUGAGGAGUUCAUCCCCGCCAUGCAGGUCAUGGGCCAGUCGCUCUGCGACAGCGUCAAGCUCUUCGCGCACUUCAGCGCCGUCGCCAGCGCCGUCGGCAUCGGCACCAACAUGAUCAUGACGUACCAGGGCGUCCAGGCGCUGCAGCUCAUCGCCGCGCGGCUCCAGGACAUCUCCGACAGCCUCGCGGCGCAGGCCGCGCUGAUGGCCCAGCGGGACUUCCCCGAGCUCGUCUACUACAUGAUCCGCGAGCAGCUGUCGCAGACGGCCGACGACCCGGACCGCGACCACUGGUUCUUCGUCUACCACCCGGACAACGAUUGGUACCCGCGCUUCUUCCACCUCGUCGAGGAGCGCCCGCUCGACCCGCGCUUCUGCGGCUACACGAACCAGAUCGACACCGCCUUCGUCUUCAUGCUCGCCGCCCGCAACAUCAUCGAGAAGCGCACGACGCAGGCCCGCCGGCACGGCGGCAAGCCCCCGCGCCCCACCCGCAUCCACCUGCUCAUCCCGGCGUACCAGCCGAUCCUCGUCGCCGAGGCGCUGCGCAUCCCCGACGAGAUCGGCGACUUCGUCAUGGAAGGGCGCGUCCACAACACGCGCGAGUUCGUCUGGUUCAACCUGCCGCCCGAGCAGCGCCGCCGCUACGUCAAGGACAUCGGCCACUGGGUGCCCCCCACCCAGGGCUGGUGGGACUGGGCCAUGUCCAAGUUCAGCCUGGCCGGCAAGCCGCCCCGGCUCGGCGAGCGCCGCACCCUCGGCACGCGGCAGCAACCCCUCGAGAUCGAAGACAGCGUCAGCAACGCCGCCCCCGCCGCCAUCGCCGCCGGCGCGAGCAGUACCAGCAGCAAUACAAACGCCGACGACGACGACGCCGCCACCGUGGUCUCGACCAACACGUCGGGGUCAUCGUCCGCGCGCAACGGAUCCAAAGGCUCGAGAAAUAUACACCAGGCGACGCCGCUGCACAACCGCCGGCAGCGGAAAAAGUGAACCCGAGCGGCUUCGUCGCGGAAGCAAAUCAAGUUUGCCUUGUGGGUGGCGGUGGUUACGAGUCGGUCAUUUCCCGCACAGAUUUCAGGCGCGGUGAGAUUCUCUGGACAGGCGGAUAGAAGCCCUCACCGCCACAUCAACUUGCUUAACCCUACGCAAGAAGGCUCCUCCGCACUCCCGGACAGGACUGGGUUGUCUCUC